GAGCAGGUCGUGGAGGAGAUCUUUUUGCGGGGUUGUUUUCUUUUUCAAAUUGUAUUCUGUGCUACUGCUGUUGCUGUUUUUGGUGGUAAUAGAGGCAGCCGGCCGCGGUAUCAUCGCAGUCAGACUUUCGGCCACUUCGGCAGCAACUCUGCGGCGGAGUACACUCGGCAGCGGCGUGCCCCGGAAGCAGCUUCGAAACCGCGCGCGCAUAUUGGCACUACACGUGCGCUAGAGUGAUCGGUGUCCGGUGUUGCGAUUCCCCCGUUCCCUCUGUAGGGAUUUUCGUCAGUGAUUGUUUUGGUGAUUUUGAAUUGCAUCUUGGUGCGUGGAUUGUUUUUUUUUUUGUGAGUUAUUGUUGGAUCGAUCGUCACCUCAGCUGGAGCACAAACAUCUUCGUAAAGGUUCCUGUGCGAUGGUAUUGUUGUGCUAGUGUGUCCAGCGUCCAUUUCCAACCAUCCCUUGGCCGAGCCAUCGCACAAACGCACGCAUCAUGUUCAACUGGUUCUUCUGUUUACCAAGUCUCUCCGCAUGUGUGCAUGUGUUUGUGUACGUGCGUUAAGGGUUCGGCUGUCGGUUGCCUAUAGCAUCCGGGAAGAAAAUCGACCGCCCGGUCGGGGUUGGAGUUGAAAAGCCGCACGCUGACGCUUUACUUCCACAUACCGCUGGCUGCGGUGCUGCUCUACUGGUAUCGGCCCUAUCUGUUUGACCAGUUUACCGUCGGUACGACACAGGCACCACCGCCACCCCCACACCAUGCCACAUCAGACGCGCUGGUACCGCCCGAUCCGGGCCACACCGAUCUCUCGGUAAAGCUGUCCUACUCCACCCUGCACAUGUACGAGACGGCGGCCAUCUGCUCGGAUUCGGACAUUUGCAGCAACAUCGGUCGCGACCUGCUCAAGCGGAACGGCUCUGCAGUGGAUGCCGCCAUCGGGACCAUGUUCUGUGCCGGGCUGACCAACCUCCAGUCGAUGGGUUUGGGCGGCGGGUUCGUGAUGAACGUCUACCGGCGGGCGGAGCGGCGGGCCUACACGCUGGACGCGCGCGAAAUCGCCGCCGGCCAGGCGACGGAGGAUAUGCACCUGCACGAUCCGAGCACGACGAACGAGGGCCCCCUGUCGGUGGCGGUACCGGGCGAGCUGAAGGGCUACUGGGAGGCGCACCGGCGCUUCGGCCAGCUGCCGUGGGCGGAGGUGGUCCGCCCGAGCCGGGAGCUGUGCCGCCGGGGCAUACCGAUCUCGAAGCACAUGCAAGACUCACUGUCCUUUAACUCGAAAGCACUGCUAGACGAACGGAUCAGCGAUGAGUUGUUCAGGGAUCUCUUCACAGAUCCAGCCACCGGGCGGCGUAAAGUGCAGGGCGAUCUGAUACAACCGACGCAACUGUGCGAUACGCUCGAUCACAUCGCAACCGAGGGUGGUGACACGCUUUACCAGGGUCCCCUGGCGGAAGAGUUUGCAGCAGAUCUCAAGGACAUGGGUAGCAUCAUAACGCUGGAAGACCUACGAAGCUAUCGUGUUCGCUGGAACGAAUCUAUACCGAUCGAGCUGAACGGAGAUACAAUGUACGUGGCGCCUCCUCCGGCAAGCGGUGUCCUGCUGGCGUUUAUCAUGAACAUCCUCAAGGGCUAUCACUUCCAGCCAGACGAUGUGCACAGCAUCGAGGAAACAAUCCUCACCGUGCACCGUAUCGUGGAGGCGUUCAAGUUUGCGUACGGAAAGCGAACAGAAAUCGGUGACCCAUUGUUCGUGGAUAUUGCGGAGCUGACAUCCAAUCUCACCUCAAUCGAGUACGCGGAAGCGAUACGUGCUCGUAUAGAUGAGAUGAAAACCGGAACCAAACCGGGCGACUAUGACGGAUAUUUCUUUACGCCAAACAAUGAAGGCACGGCACACAUCUCCGUGCUAGCACCAUCCGGAGAUGCAGUGUCGGUGACUAGCUCGGUCAACUUCUACUUUGGAGCGGGCCUGAUGGGACCUCGUACCGGGAUCAUUGUGAACAGUGGGAUGGAUGACUUCUCUUCUCCAGGCCUGCGCAACUAUUUUGGACUGCCCGGCUCGAAGGCUAACUUUAUUCGGCCCCGAAAACGAGCUCUAUCCUCCAUGUCACCCACGAUCGUGACCGAUCCAGACCAUGAGGUCAAACUGGUCGUUGGAGCAGCUGGUGGAACGAAAAUUACCACCGCCGUUGCAUUGACCAUAAUGCGUGUCCUAUGGUUUGGAUAUGAUAUAAAAGAAGCGAUUGAUGCGCCACGGUUUCACCAUCAAUUGAUCCCGAUGGCUGUACAGUACGAGUAUGGUAAUUUGGAUCUGAUCGUAAAGGGACUGAGAGCAAAAGGACAUCACACGAUGCGAUAUCGGGAACGUGGUUCCAUCAUAUGUGCCAUCGCCCAGAAUGCAUCCGGCAUUUACGCGAAUGCCGACUUCCGGAAGGGUGGCGAUGUUGCCGGUUUUUGAAACAUUAUCCAAAAAGAAUGUCAUGGUCGCAUUCAAGUGCAACUUAGCCUUAAAACUAAUAAGAUAGGUAUGGUUAGGAGCAAUCGUUAUAAAAUAAUUACAGCAUUUAAGCAACAUCAAUCUUAAACAAAAGCAAAGACGCGCGCCUGGCGUCUAUCGCUGUCUUUAACUCUCUUUCUCUCGUGGUGCUAGCUAGAUAGUGUACAGUUUUAGUAAAAUGUUACUAGGUACAAUUUAUGUUUAUCAGUUAAGGUAAACGUGCCGUUUUUCCCUUUAAUUCAAGGGUUAAAUGGGUAAAUAUGGAAAAAUUCUACUAGAAUUUGAGGCCGCAUAAGCAAUCUAAAUAAAACAAAUCAAAUUGUUUCCUCAAAUAAA